AGUUGGUCGGGCCGCGAUGACAUCAGAGGGAUAUCGGGAAUUCCUCUCCCUGUAGGGUUGCGUGUGUGAAGUCGUUAUGUGACAGUACAGCGGUCCCGCGGACGCUGCCGGGAGGAAACAGCACGUACUGCAUACACGUGAGACGUAAAGUUAACUAUGUUCCCCCGCCGUGUUUUCAUCCACUCCUGAGGAAGAUGUGUCUAUGUGGAGACCAAGUUCAGGUUUAAUGAUAAAACUGAGAGAAAAUGCACCAUGGUCAUCCUCAUCUUUGCUUCCUACUCUUGAAAACAACAUCUGAGACCCAAACUGCUACCAAGGUGACCCGAGCCUGGAGGAAUUGAAUUGGUCUGUCAUGUUUCCAGAUGCCUUGGAAGCAGCUGGACGGGUGGAAGGCCUGUCGCUGUCAUCCCCUCAACCACUGCCGGAGCUUGAGGAAGAGGAGGCAGACGCAUCAGCGGAUAGGGGUUCGAAGAGACGAGGCCGUUAUCGUAAAAGCCUGCAGCUUUUAAAGCCCUUCAGGAUCACUCACAAGCAUCAGCACCCAGUUGAUAAUGCUGGCCUCUUCUCAUUCAUGACACUGCACUGGCUCUCCCCACUGGCACUGAAAGCCUAUAAGACAUCCAGCUUGUCUAUAGACGAUGUGUGGGGACUGUCUUGCCACGAAGCUUCCACAGUCAACUGCCAAAGGCUUGAGUUUUUGUGGCACGAUGAGCUCAAAAGAUGUGGACGAGAGGGAGCGUCCCUGACAAGAGUCUUCUGGAGGUUCUGUCAAACCCGCAUGCUGGUGGCCAUCUUUUCCCUCCUCCUAACAAUGGUAGCAGGCUUUGUUGGGCCCGCUCUUCUUGUUCGAGCUCUACUGGAGUAUUCUCAGAGCUCGCAGAGGUCCAUACAGUACGGCUUGUCUCUGGUAGCCGGGAUCUUCCUCAUGGAACUGAUGCGCUCCUGGUCUCUGGCGCUCAUGUGGGCCGUUAACUACCGCACUGCUGCUCGCUUGCGCGGAGCUGCUCUUACUUUUGCGUUCCAGAAGAUCCUCCGCCUGCGCAGCACUAAAGACAUCAGCCCAGGCGAGUUGAUCAACAUCUGCUCCAGUGAUGGCCAGCGGCUGUAUGAAGCAGUGUCAGUGGGCUGCCUGCUGGCAGGUGGGCCCCUGGUGGGAAUACUUGGUCUGUCCUAUACUGCAUACUUCCUGGGCCCCACUUCUCUGCUGGGGUCAGCCAUUUUCAUCAUCUUCUACCCUACCAUGAUGCUUGCAUCGAGGCUGACUGCAUAUUUCCGCAAGAAGUGUGUGGCGGUCACCGACCGGCGAGUGAGGCUGAUGAACGAAAUCUUGAGUUGCAUAAAGUUCAUCAAGAUGUAUUGUUGGGAAGAUGCCUUUGCACAGAACAUUCACACGGUGCGAUCAGAGGAGAGAGGGAUACUGGAGAGAGCUGGGGUCGUCCAGAGUCUCACAGUGGGUGUGGCUCCCAUCGUCGUGGUGAUAGCAAGUGUGUGCACGUUCACCCUACACAUGGCGUUAGGCUAUGACCUUACUGCAGCAGAGGCUUUUACUGUGGUUGCCGUUUUCAACUCCAUGACAUUUGCCCUGAAAGUCACGCCACUGGCCGUGAGAUCGCUGUCAGAGGGUGCUGUAGCUGUUAAAAGAUUUCAGAGGCUCUUUACGAUGGAUGAUAGAGAAAUGAUUCAAGACAGAGUGGAGGAUCAUGUCAAUGUAGUAGAAUUUCAGGACGCCACGCUUGCCUGGGAAAAGGCGCGCUCCCCAGUUACAAAGCCAAACCCGCCUCCCAAGAAGAGAGGAGGGAUGAAGCGUGUGCUGCGCAGGGAGAAACUUAGCCUGUACAUUUCCACAGAGGACAGCAAGGGAAACAAAGAAGGCCCAAAUGGACAAAGUCUCCUCACGAACAUGGAGCAGGAGAGCCCACAAAGCACUAUCUCUUCCACCCAAAGCAUACGACCCCCACUUCAUAAGACCCUGCACCGCAUUAAUCUACAUGUCAAGAAGGGUUCUCUGGUUGGAAUCUGUGGAGGCGUUGGGAGUGGAAAGAGCUCUCUUCUUUCUGCUCUACUUGGACAGAUGACCCUGUUAGAAGGUAAAGUAGCUGCCAGUGGGGGCUUCGCUUAUGUGUCCCAGCAAGCCUGGAUUCUCAAUGAUUCACUGAAGGAGAACAUCCUGUUUGGAAACAAGUAUGACUCAGACAAAUACAACGCUGUGCUGGAAGCAUGCUGUCUCGUCCCAGAUCUUGCAGAGCUUCCAUAUGGAGACAUGACAGAGAUUGGGGAGAGGGGUGCGAACCUGAGUGGAGGGCAACGUCAGAGGGUGAGCCUGGCACGUGCGCUCUACAGUGACCGGCCUAUACUUCUACUGGAUGACCCACUCAGUGCCGUUGAUGCUUGUGUGGGUUCCCAUAUUUUUAACAAAGCCAUCCAUGGGGCUGCUAAAGGGAAGACAGUGCUCUUUGUAACACACCAGCUGCAGUAUCUGCCUGAGUGUGAUGAUGUUAUUUUGAUGAAGGAUGGCCAGAUUGCUGAACACGGCACCCAUGCACAGCUAAUGGGUAAAGAGCGUGACUAUGCUACCCUAUUCAGCAGCAUGCAACAGGAGAAUCUGGUUAAAGAGAAUUUAAAAAACAAACAGCAAAGGGACUUUGCAAAAAAGGCUGACAGCACUGUUGAUGUUGCCAUGGUCGAACCAAAGGUGGAAAGCAAGAACAAAGAGCAACUGAUGAAAGCUGAAGAGAAAGGCUCUGGUGCAGUCGCCUGGUCUGUGUAUGGAGCUUACAUCAAAGCAGCUGGAGGUCCCAUAGUCUUUAUUAUCAACGCCUUUUUCUUCCUCUCCACCACAGGCAGUAUUGCCUUCAGUAACUGGUGGCUGAGCCACUGGAUCAGACAGGGCAGUGGGAACACAUCAUUAAUCUUGGUGAAUGAAACAGUGGCGAGCAACAGCAUGAGGCUCAACCCUCAUAUUCAGUACUACUCGACUGUUUAUGUCAUCUCCAUGGGAGUUGCUUUGCUGCUGAAGACAGUGAGAGGACUUGUGUUUGUGAGGUGCUCGGUGAAGGCUGCCUCUGCGCUCCACGACAAGCUAUUCCGCCAGCUCCUCCUCAGCCCCAUGCACUUUUUUGAUACAACACCUCUGGGUCGUAUCCUGACCCGCUUCUCCAGGGACAUGGAUGAGGUGGAUGUUCGUUUGACCAUGCAAGCUGAAAUGCUGCUGCAGAACCUGACCCUGGUGCUGUUUUGCUUGGGGAUGGUGGGCAUUGUCUUCCCUUGGUUCCUGAUCUCAAUCCUCCCCCUGGGUGCCUUCCUUUGCAUUGUCAACCGUGCGUCCAGGGUUCUGAUUCGCGAGCUGAAGCGUCUGGAGAACAUCAGUCAAUCACCAUUCACCUCUCAUAUAACCAGCAGUCUUCAGGGCCUCUCCACCAUCCAUGCCUAUGGAAGAGGGCACAGCUUCCUCCAAAGAUAUCAGGAACUGCUGGACACCAACCAGGCUACCAACUACCUCUUCAGUUGUGCAAUGCGCUGGCUGGCUGUCCGCCUGGACCUCAUCAGCAUCUCUCUUAUCACUGCUGUAGCACUUCUCAUUGUCUUCAUGCACAAUCAGAUACCACCUGCCUAUGCAGGCCUGGCUAUAUCGUAUGCAGUGCAGUUGACUGGCUUGUUUCAGUUUACGGUGCGCCUGCUCGCUGAGACUGAAGCUCGGUUUACAUCUGUUGAAAGGAUCAAUCAUUAUAUAAAGAGCCUUGACAAUGAAGCACCCAGAAAAAGUCCUGAGGCAAUCACUCCUGCCCCCUCCUGGCCUCAGCAAGGGAAGAUCACCUUCCAGGAUGUGAGCAUGCGCUAUCGACAUGAUCUGCCACUGGUGCUUAAGAGCCUGUCUUUCACCAUUCUGCCUGAAGAGACCAUCGGCAUUGUGGGCCGCACAGGAUCAGGAAAAUCCUCUCUGGCUGUAGCUUUAUUCAGGCUUGUGGAGCUGAGUGGAGGCUCCAUCAUCGUUGACGGGAUCAAUACUGGCCAGAUUGGCCUGGAUGACCUGCGGAGCAAGCUAGCCAUCAUUCCGCAAGAGCCUGUACUCUUCAUCGGUACCGUCAGGAGCAAUUUAGAUCCAUGGGAUCAAUACUCUGAUUUGCAGAUCUGGGAAGCUCUUGAGAAAACACAUAUUAAAGAAAUGGUCAGCCAGCUGCCUCAUUCACUCUACUCUGAGGUGACUGAGAAUGGGGAGAACUUCUCGGUGGGAGAACGGCAGCUACUCUGUGUGGCCAGAGCCCUGCUGAGAAACAGCAAGAUACUUAUAUUGGACGAAGCAACAGCAGCCAUUGACACUGAGACGGAUCGUCUAAUCCAGGAAACCAUUCGCAGUGCAUUCGGUAGUUGCACCACUCUCAUCAUCGCCCAUCGUCUCAACACAGUGAUGAGCUGCAGCAGGGUCUUAGUACUGGACAACGGCCAGAUUUUGGAGUUCGACUCCCCUGCAGCCUUACUGGCAGAUGAAAAUUCAAGAUUCAGAGCCAUGAUAGAAGCAACGGAAAACCAAAGCAGAUAAAACACACUGAAUGAGAACUGUGAUCCAAUAAAUUAUGCAGUUUAAUAUGUUAUUGCAUGAACACACACACACA